AUGGGUGAAGUUACUACCGGUAGAGGAUUGAAUCAACAACUUGGUCUAUCAAGAGCUUGUGAUAAUCGUUGGGGAUCCCAUUAUAAAUCCUUUAGCAAUUUUAUUUUGAUGUUUGGCUCUAUUCUUGAUGUUCUUGAAUCACUUGUUCUUAAUGCACGAAAUAUGGAUGAAAGAGCCAAGGCAAUGGGACAUCUUGAAGCUUGUUGGACAUUUGAGGUUGCUUUCAUGUUGCACUUGAUGAGAGAUAUUCUGGCUAUCACAAAUGAACUUAAUAAAUGCUUACAAAAAAGGAGCAAGACAUUGCAAAUGCUAUGCUACUUGUUGAACUAUACAGUCUUACAUCAUUACCGUGUUGAAGUGUUUUGCAAUAUUAUUGAUUGGCAACUUCAAGAACUCAAUGAUCGUUUUGAUGAGGUGUCGACUAAUUUGCUCCAUGGAAUUACUUGUUUGAACCAAAUUAAUUCAUUUUUAAGUUUUGACAUCAAAAAAAUAAUAAGAAUGGGGGAGUUAUAUUCAGACGACUUUGAUGAAUCUAAUAUGGGUACUCUUGAGAAUCAACUUGCAAGUUACAUUAUUGAUGUUCGUGAUGUUGAUGAAAGGUUCUCUGAUCUCAAUGGGCUAUGUGAACUUUCCAAAAGAUUAGUGUAG